CCGAAGGAUUGUUGGCCUUGGAGUCGAUAGUAGCUGAGGGCGUAAAGGGCGCCGACGGAGAGGCCGGCGGCGAUGGAAGGGAUGGAUCCGGUGCGCGCGUAACCGAUGAUGCCGCCACAGGAUGUCAGGACGGACAGCGCGGCGGCUGAGAUGGUGAUGUUUUGAGAAGAGGGCUGUUGGGGAUGUUAAGCUCUUGUCCAGUGGGAUGAAGCGAGAUAACAGGGAAGCGUGGCUGCGUGGCUGCGCUAGAAUAUGAGGGGGAGAGGGACGAGGGGGAUUGGGGCUUCGAUAAGCUCCGUACCCACCAUUGUUACUUUUCGUGCGCUUCUUAACACUUGUGGCUUGGGAGAUCGUGUUUAACAAACCGGCUAUGCGUCGUAGCAGCGAUAUAGUGGGUGUGGAAGUGUCAACUCGGUGGAAGUUUAUUUUAAGCUUGGAUGGAGCUUGGGCCAUCGGGCCCGAGAUCACGUGCUGAUGAGUACGGUCAUGUGAUAUGCGACUACCUGUUCUUGUUCUAAACUUCGAUAGAUCAUGGAUGCGCAGGUUGAGGGAACUGGACGCCAUUGCCCGCUUUGCAUCCCUAACGGUGCAGAUACGUUGGAUCGAAAAGAAUACUAUAUCUUAUCCGCCUCGCAUUUCUUCUUUUAGAACCGUUCCAUUGCCGCAGCUAUCACCACAAUGGCUCCAAAACGCCGUGUUGCAUCAUCAACCUCUACGCCAGCAAAGGCGACUCUCAGUCCAAUUCCAACAAAAGCAAGCGCCUCACUUUCUCCCAACUCUCAACCUCAAAACAUUGUAGUUGGUAUCUGGCAGCAAUAUCUAGAACAAACACCCAGAAGAACACUUCAACUAGAUGCAUUUAUGGCAUUUCUACUUAUUGUAGGAGGCGUACAAUUUCUAUACUGUAUGCUGGCCGGGAACUAUCCAUUUAACGCGUUUCUCAGCGGCUUCUCCUCCGCUGUCGGCCAAUUCGUUCUCACUGCUAGUUUGAGAAUGCAGACGAGCCACCAGGGAGGGAAAGAUGGAAAGGCUACGUCUACAUCCAAAACCGUCUCGAAACCGACGAAUGAGGAUCUACCGUCGAACGGCUUAUCUAGUGAAAGGGCGUUCGCGGACUAUGUGUUUGGCAGUUUGAUACUGCAUUUCUUCUGCAUCAAUUUUAUCAACUGAGCCGGCUCUUCGUCCUUUACACUCUUUUUUACAUUUCUUCUGCUGCUGUCUACGUUUUUAAACAACUAGCAGUUAUGUACGAUAUAUAAUACUACCAACUGCUCAAGGUCUUGAGACCAAUUAAAUAGACUAUCAUGCGUGGUUUCCGAGUCGUUAGGGAGUUAUGGCACGGGGACUAGAUAUGUCCCCAGGGCUGGUAAAAUUAUGAACGAGUAUUUUUAUGUCAUUUGUUAAACCCAGUAUAACAGUGCAAUCCCUCACUGGUCUGAACAGCCCAUGGUGUGUUAGAAUGACAUAUCAUUUGCCUCGACGUGACUAAUUUACAUCCCUAACGGGUCUCCAAGAUAGAAAUAUAAACAGCUCUAAAGCUCUAAAUAUGCCAUAGUUUGAAUCUAUUCCAAAUCUCAUUCCGGUCUAGGAGGGAAAAAAACCUAGCAUCAAAACCCCCUCGCACCCCUUUUCAUAAUUGGUCUUUUAACCACACUCCCACCCCCGCCGGCAGCCACAUUAGACCCAGGCCUCCUUACAGCUGUUGUCCCAGAGGCAGGCCGCCUCACCACGGUCCUUACCCCCAUACUAGCAGACCCUCGUUCCGCGUCCCGUUUCCUCCGUAAUGCGUCGUCUUCGGUCUUUUUCCGCUCCUGCUCAGCUGCGCGCUCGCGAUCAGCAGCCAUUUGCGCCUCGAUUUCCAUCCGUCUGUUGAAUUCGUGCUCUGUCACACGACGCUCUCGGGCUGAGUACCCUUUUUCUUUUAUCGAGUAGAAGACUCCACCUAGGUCGGCAAGCCACUAGAGGUUUUUGAGGUUUAUGUUAGCCAUCCAGAUAUAGUGAGGUAUUGGAGGUGGUUGGCUCUUCUUAAGGAAGACGGAAGUGGUCAUGUUGAAUAUAAAGAAAGAAAACGCAGCGAUGCUACAAGUGGGUUGAAUCAAAACUUACCCGAGGAUCCACAGAUGUAACGGUAGACAUAUACUCCUUGCUAGUUAAGAUCAAUUCGUGGUACACUACAUAGUCGGGUAGAUAACCAAGGCCGUAUAGCGCACUCGUCGGGUGAAGUUGUAUCGUGACGCUCGUGCGGAGAUUAAUAUACUCACCAAUCCCCUUGACCCUGGCGGCCUGAUGGUAAUACCCAGAACAUAUACACUUUCGUAUGACGUCCCAGUCGGUUCCGCAGCUUGUUAUGGUCAUCUUUUGCAUUGUCAUGAUAUCGUACAGCUGCUCGCGGAUCUCCUUGGCACGGCGCAACGCUUUGGAAUGCAGGAAAUGUUUUAUGCACCAUGAAUCCGAGUAGCCGUUCGAUUUCCACUGCGUGUAUACAUGAAGCAGGGUGAGAUGGUCGGACUCAGGCACGAAAAAUUUCUCUCGAGCAGCAUCUGAUUCCUCUUGGCGCUCUUUGGGUCGGUAGAAUACACCCGGUACAGAAAGCAUUGACACGAUCGUUAGCAUCUCCUCGCUACAUUCAUAUUCUUCAGACGCACUGAUGAGAAGCUUCGCAAGAGAUGGGUCCAUGGGAAAAGCACUCAUGCGGCGACCCAUUGGUGUUAAGUCUCCAAGAUUAUCGAUGGCACCCAAUGCCCAGAGAUCAAACAACGAUGUAGUAAUGGUAUCUUGCGGCGGUGGAUCCAUAAAGUCGAAAUCGAGUAGAUCCUUGACUCCUAACGAUUUCAACAGUAGCACAGUGUUGGACAGGUUCGUUCGCUGGAUUUCAGGGAUAGUUUGGAUGUAUAACUCGUUUUUGAACGCAAGUUCUGUGAAUAAGUGAUAGGCCUUGCCAGGACCG